AUGAAGAAAAUAUUUGGUCAGAAAAAACUGAAAAAGGCAAAAUUUCAGCCAGUGGAUGAAAAUUACACAAUUAACGGAACAAAUUCUGCUGAAAGUGGCACCUCUGAUCGGUCAGUUACUGACCACAAAGAACCAACAAGCUUAGAUGAAUAUCAAAGUUAUUACGAAGGUACGUCUUCGUCCCUUGGAGAGGAGCGUCAUUUUGAUGAAGAACUGGACAAGCAUAUGAUGCAAACUAUUUCUGAUGUUAAAUACGUUAAGAAAAGGCCCAAAUUUGUGACGGUUGGGGAAGUCAAUUUUCAACGUGAAUGUUUGGAUGCGCAUAACGUAGUGAGGGGACAAUACGGUUGUCAAGCAUUAAUUUGGUCCCAAGAACUUUCUGAUCUUGCGCAUUCUUGGGCUGUUAAAUUAGCUGAACGAGGAAGGAUAUUAUUUCCUGAAUUACCAGGCAUAGGGGAGAAUAUAUGCUUGACAAUAGCAGAUGAACAAACUCACUUACCUUCCGGUACAGAAAUUACUGAACUUUGGGCUCGAGAAGCAAAAGAUUUCGAUUUCAAAAGACCUCAGUGGAGUCCAAAAACGAAAAAUUUCACGCAAAUUGUUUGGAAGGAAACAUUUGAAAUGGGUAUUGCGCGGCAAUGGAAUACAAAUAAAAACUGUGUUGCAACUGUAGCAUUUUAUCGACCUCCAGGAAAUUCCAAUGCCCCCGGUGAGCUUGAACUUUGUUUUUGA